AUGCUACUAUGCUGCUGUCCUUUUCCCCACCAAAUCCAGACCUGUGCUCCGCGCUCGCCGUUUCACCCGAGCUGCUUGCCGCGGAGCGUGCUCAGCUCCGGCGAGCAGGGGAGGAGCAAAAAGAGCAAGUUCCACCGCGUCAGGGCGCAGGUUCUCAAGCCCAAGAACCAGUCUUUGCGCUCUCAAUCCCACCGAGCUGAUGGCCACGGGGACCUUGCGGAUAGAAUCCCGAGAAAGGAUUUGCCUUGUUCCGCGGCGCCGUCACUGCCGGACGCCGAGGCGGUCGCGUUCUGGCUGCGUUUCUGCCGGAGCGCGCUCGACGUCCGGAGAACGCACGCGGUUGCCCUGCGGUCGCUCGGCGGCCUGGGAUUGUUCGUGUCCAACAAUCUGAUCAGCGCUUAUGUGCGGUUAGACGAGGCUUCUAAUGCUAGGAAGGUGUUCGACGGAAUGCGCGAGAGGAGCGUCGUGUCGUGGACGGCAAUGAUGAACGGGUAUCAGAAGCUUGGCCGCCACGGUGAGGUUGUGAGGCUUUUGAUGGAUAUGCUGGCCGCUGGCGUCCAAGGUAACAGCUUGACUUUUGUUUGCCUGUUGAAAUCUUGUGGGGAGCGAUGUGAUGCCAAGUUGGGGCAACAGGUCCACUGUUGCGUUGUGAAGGGUGGCUGGAGCAAUGUGAUAGUGGACAGCGCUGUCGCACACUUCUAUGCUCAAUGCGGUGAUGUUGCCGCUGCUUCAACUGUGUUUGAUAGGAUGGCUUCCCGUGAUGUUGUCUCAUGGACAACAAUGAUCACGGCUUAUGUGCAGCACGGGCAUGGUGACAAAGCUCUUCACAUGUUUCCAAAAAUGGUGUCUGAGGGAUUUCGCCCCAACGAGUUCACUGUUUGCAGCGCCCUCAAGGCUUGUGCAGAGGAGAAGGCUCUAAGAUUUGGGAAGCAGUUGCAUGGUGCGAUUGUGAAAAAGCUGUACAAAUAUGAUAUCCAUGUCGGGAGCGCACUUGUCACUAUGUAUGCCAGAUGUGGUGAGGUAUUUGAUGCUCAGGCAGUGUUUCAUAAGAUGCCAAGAAGAAACACUAUUACAUGGACUUCAAUGAUCUCUGGAUACGCUCAAAGUGGCUGUGGUGAAGAAGCUGUCUUGUUGUUCCGAAAGAUGAAGAUGCGCAGAGUAUUUGUUAACCACCUUACUGUUGUUGGCCUCCUUAGUGCUUGUGGCUCUAUGCAGUCAAUUUAUCUUGGAAAAGAACUUCAUGCACAGAUAAUGAAGAACUGUAUGGAAGAGAAUCUUCAGAUUGGGAGUACACUUGUUUGGUUUUACUCCAGAUGUGGGGAGCAUACUUAUGCUGCAAGGAUUCUAGAAGCGAUGCCUGACCGUGAUGCUGUUGCAUGGACAGCUAUGAUUUCGGGCUAUAACAAUCUUGGCCAUAAUGUUGAAGCACUAAAGUCAUUAGAUGAGAUGUUAUGGGACGGUGUGGCACCAAAUACUUACACUUAUUCCUCAGCUUUGAGAGCUUGUGCUAGAUUGGAGGCUCUGCGAGAUGGAAGGAGGAUCCAUGGUGUUGUUAACAAGACCCAAGCUUUCUCAAAUGUCUUUGUGGGAUGCUCACUGAUUGAUAUGUACAUGCGGUGUGGAAAAGUUGAUGAAGCUCGUAGAGUCUUCGAUGCCAUGCCAGAGCACAACUUAGUAACAUGGAAAGUGAUGAUUACAGGAUUUACUCAGAAUGGCCUUUGUGGAGAGGCUUUAAAAUACAUGUACCUAAUGCAGCAAGAAGGGUAUGAUGUUGAUGACUUUGUGCUUUCGACAGUUUUGUCUUCAUGUGGAGAUCUUCAGUUGAAAUCAGACUGCAUCCAUUUCAUAGUUCAAUAA